UUCUGGCCAAUCAUCGGAGGCCGUCAGCAAGCCGCCCUCUCCGAGGUGCCGCUAGCCCGCCCCAGGCGCCCGCCGGGACCGGGGGGGGAAUGUCCCGGCACCGUCUCGGAGAGACGCGCUUUGCUCCGCCCGGCGUGGCUGCUGUCUGCAGGCCCUGAAGCUCGCGGUGUUCCGAAAUGGCCGAGCCGUCGGACAAGGCCGUCAAGUACUACACCCUGGAGGAGAUCCAGAAGCACAACCACAGCAAGAGCACCUGGCUGAUCCUGCACCACAAGGUGUAUGAUGUGACCAAAUUUUUGGAGGAGCAUCCUGGUGGGGAAGAAGUCUUACGGGAACAAGCCGGAGGGGAUGCUACUGAGAACUUUGAAGAUGUUGGGCACUCGACAGAUGCUAGAGAAUUGUCCAAAACAUAUAUCAUCGGGGAGCUGCAUCCAGAUGACAGACCAAAGAUAACCAAGCCCACGGAAACUCUCAUUACUACGGUUGACUCAAAUUCUAGCUGGUGGACCAACUGGGUGAUCCCAGCCAUCUCCGCACUGGUCGUGGCCCUGAUGUACCACCUCUACAUGGCGGAAGACUAAACACCUCCGCAGAAGCCGAUGGAAGAAAAGGCUGCCUUGGAUCAGGAAGAAAGAAGCCAGUGUUAGCUGCUUCGACGAACAGAAACCUUCACCUGAAAAGUAAUUUUAAUACACCUAUUUCCCUCUCCUACGUUAGAAACAAACCAAGUCAAAAAGAACUGUUCUGUUCUGUCUACCCUUGAACUUUCGCAUUGUGCCUUCUUCCUCAUCAACUCUUUUUCAACGUCCCACGACUACGUGAUUUACUCACUGUAGGCACGAUCUUUCAAAAAUGCACCUGGCUUUUCAAAUAUACCACCCUGUGUGCCUGUCAAUGUGGGAUGUAAUUGUCUUUAAUGUUUGAAAUCUCUGAUUGUCUAGCGGAGUCAUUUAAUGUAUUAAUUAAAUGAAGGUCGUAUGACGUGAAGGUUUGUAUGAUGUGAGGAAGGGAAUAUCUAGUUGAAAACUUGGUAUUGCAUGUUUCCCAUUUAAUUUCUUUCUCAAGGAAAUUAAGAAAGGCCCUGGGUAUGAUAGCCUAAGGAUUUCUAAAAAUUGUUCUACCUGAGAUGAUCAAAAGAGAAAGUGGAGAUUUCUUCUCUUCUUUGUUUAAAAAAUACCAGCAACAAAAAACAAACUUGAAACCCAUGAGAGGACAUUACAGCUGUUCCUUCUCUCAGCUCCAAAAUAUCAGUCCAAAGUUUUCGGUUAUGUAGGUUCUCAAGGUGAAAACUGUGUAUUCUUGCAAGGAAAUGCUGAUUUUCUAAUCCAUAAAAAUACACAUUUGAAAGAGAUUGUGGGACAUUUGGAAUCUGAUGUUUGAAGGCAUUGAGCUAUUGGAGAUGAGCCUUGGGGGAUCUAGCAGGGCUCCGAGGACUGAGUGGCUCAUCUUUGAUUAUUUUCUCUGCCCCAUGCUUUUUGUCUUUCAAAGUGGAAGCUGGGGGAUGAAUCUGUAGACACUCAGUACUCUAGUUAGCUGUGACUGUGCAAGUUUCCAUGGGCAUGCUAGCUGACUACAGAGGUGAGGGUUCUUCAGAAACCACUGACACAUUGAAAGGAAUUUUUUUUUUUUACUACAGAGAAUAAAUUUUUAUAACCACUGACAUGUAUCACCCUUUGCAUCUUCUGUCACUGAAAGUUAAAGUUGGAGCAAAUCUAAGGGGUGGGGAAAGAUGCUGUAUCAUGUGGGAAUCCUUUACUCAGAUUUCAAUAAACGCAUGCCUGGAACAAAA